AUGUGUCUCACCUCGGACACACCACCUCGGGUCCCGAAGGAUGCCGGCGACCGGGGCUCCUUCGUGGCCUUCGCCCACAGCGUCCUGGACUGGUGCCUGAUCCAGAUGAAGACCAAGGCGUCCGGGGAGGUGGUCCCGCCGCGGCCGGGCCCGCCGGAGGACCGGGCCCCGCCGGAGGCCCCCUCGCCGGAGAGGCUGACGGCCUUCUCGCUGGAGCUGGCCACGCUCUGCUCGUGGCUGGAUCUGCACUCGGUCUUGUAUGGCCGGCGGCUGGCCCUUCUCAGCCAGUACCGGCGCGGCUUCAAGGCGGCCUUCCCCCAUGCGGAGGCCGGGCCUCGUGACGACCACGGCCGGCUGCCCCCCACCUCGUCGGUGGUCGCAAACCACCUGUAUGACCUCCUGCAGCGGACUCGGCUGUGA